UCCGGAUAAAAGCUAGCACCGCUUCGAGUUGUAUCUCAUUCGUGGCUCGCGCGUAUCAAACUCGAUUAGGGAACUCUCCUCAUAGCGACUGUGAUUCGGACAGUGACGACAGCUUUUCACCAUGCUCCUAAUUGGCUUACUGAUGCUGCUUCAUGCCGGCCUCCAAGGAGUCCAGUGCGUUGAAUUCUACACGGAAAAGCCCUCCUACAUCGAGUCGUGCAAGAUUUAUGAACCGGAGUUUACCAAGUGCUCAACACGCUCUAUACAGGCUUUUAUGAACCAGCUGGUCAAAGGCAUUCCCGAGAUAGAGGAGUCCUUUGGUCCCAUUGACCCCAUGAGGCAGGAUCAGCUGGUCUUCAAGCAGGACAACAGCGAUGUGGCCACCAUUUCGGCUAAUCUCACCGAUAUGCUGAUCAGCGGCUUUGGCAAAAUGGUGAUCAAGGAGAGCAAAGUCAGCAAAAAAGACUUUAGUUGGCUAACCAAGAUCUACCUGCCCACGAUGCGAAUGGAUGGCCAUUACAAAAUGUUAGGGCGCAUUUUACUGGUUCCGCUGAAGGGAGCUGGAAAAAUAGUCAUGGAAAUAGAUGACUUGGACAUACUGAUGAGCACCAAGACACGCCUUUUUGAAAAGGGCGGCUACACUUUUUAUAACGUCACUUCCGUGAAGGUGAAGUUGGAGGUCGGCAAAGUGCGUACCAGAAUGGUUAACCUCUUCAACGGGCACAGCAAGGAGGUGGAAAAGAGUACCAAUCAGUUCUUCAACGACAACUGGAAGGAUGUGUUCGAGGCACUGCGUCCACUGGUGGAUGAGACCGUGGAGCGAACUCUGCUGGAUCUUCUCCACAAGACAUUUGCUCUGUUUCCAGCCAGUUUCUUUGUGGAGGACAUUCCCACCUCCCUGGCCUUGUAUGGUCGCAAAUCACACAUGAUCACGUAGAAAGUGUUAUAUUACUAAAUUGAAAAAUAGUUGCUUAAAAUACAGUACCUGGAAAAACGAA